CUAGCUAGUCAUGCAACGUGUUUGAAGGAAAUCAAACAAACUUGAGUUUAUCUCGUCAGAAAAAAAAUGGUUAAACAAACAAUACAGAUAUUUGGCCGUAUUAAACCCACAAGGAACACUCCGGCGGUAUACUCUGUGGACAAUGAGGAUCAGACAGGUGCUUCUCUGGAGUUUGUCAUACCCAGGGAUCUGGCUGAUGGCUUUGUCAACAACAAAAGGGAGUGCUACAGGUUCAGGUUCCAGAAGGUGUUCGAUCAAGCAGCCAAACAAGAAGAGAUAUUUGAAAACAUUGUCAAACCAGUUGCAGACAGUGUACUGGCUGGCUACAAUGGCACCAUAUUUGCCUAUGGCCAGACAGGAAGCGGAAAGACAUUCACCAUCACAGGAGGAGCCGAGCACUACAGAGACCGCGGCAUUAUUCCCCGGACCCUCUCCUACCUGUUUGAACACUUCAGCCAGGACAGCAGCAUGGUUUAUACCACACACAUCUCCUACUUGGAGAUCUACAACGAGAUGGGAUAUGACCUUCUGGACUCCCGACAUGAAGCAUCUCGACUUGAAGACCUACCUAAAGUGAUGAUCAUGGAGGAUCCAGAGCAGAACAUCCAUCUGAAGAACCUCACACUGCAGCCAUCAGCCAAUGAGGAGGAGGCUCUGAACCUGCUCUUCCUGGGUGACACAAAUCGUAUGAUUGCAGAGACUCCAAUGAACCAGGCAUCCACGCGUUCCCACUGUGUCUUCACGGUUCACCUGUGCAGGCGUGAGCCGGGCUCAGCAACCCUGCGGCGCUCAAAGCUCCACCUGGUGGACCUGGCCGGCUCUGAUAGAGUUAGCAAGACUGGCCUGAAUGGGCAACUCCUCACUGAGGCCAAGUACAUCAACCUCUCCCUCCACUACUUGGAGCAGGUGAUCAUAGCUUUGUCAGAGAAGAACCGCUCCCAUAUACCUUACAGGAACUCCAUGUUGACCUCUGUGCUGAGGGACAGCCUUGGGGGAAACUGCAUGACCACCAUGAUUGCUACUAUGGCAGUGGACAAGAGGAACCUUGACGAGUCCAUCUCUACGUGCCGCUUUGCUCAGCGCGUGGCUCUCAUCAAGAACGAGGCGGUACUGAAUGAAGAGCUGGAUCCUGCCCUGGUAAUAACACGUUUGAAGAGAGAGAUCCAGUCCCUGAAGGAAGAACUCGUCAUGGCGACAGGAGAGCAGAGGGGCGAUCAGCUGACGGUGGAGGAGAUCCAGAAGUUGGAAGAGUUAGUCAAAGCCUUUCUGGAGGACCCUGACCCAGACGUGACACUGUCAUUGGGAGCAGACAUGCGGAAAAUCCAGUGCUGUUUCUCCCUGCUAAAGUCAAUGAUAAUGUACCAGCGAGGUGGAGGAGAUAAGCCCAGUGAUGACAAAGAGUCACCAGGAGCCACCGUGAAGAGAGAAGACAUUGAAGACGUCAGUCACAGUGCGGCAGAAGUGACCAAAUGCAAGGAGAUGCUGACACAACGGGAUAAUGAGAUAAGUAUCCUCGUGAAGAUGUUGAAGAAGGAGAAGAAAAGGGCCCAGGAUGCUACUGCUCAGCUCGCUAACAUCACCCAUGACCAGAGCUCAGCCUCCCAGAGCGCUGUGAGGUCUUCCACAACCCAACUGCUGAGGGAUGGAAACACAGACACCCCUUCCAUGGACCAUAGAGGACGAGCUGUACAGUACAUGAAAAGAGGUCCACAGCUGUCCAUGGGAAAGCAAGAGGCCUUUGAGACCUUCAUCAGGGACCAUGAGGACCAUCUAACCAUUGAGGACAACAAGAAUCACCUCAAACAGAGGUCAGCUGAGGCCAGAAAACUCGGGGAGCAACUGAAUGAAACCAGAAACAGCAUCAAUGAGUUGAAGAAGCAGUUAGAGAAGCAGAGGAGGCAGAGGGCGGCCCACGGUGUUAUGGGCACUCACGCAGAGGCAGAGGAGGAGGUCGACCCAGUGGAGGACAACUUGCUCAGACAUAUUGAGCAAGAAAAGAAGGCUUACAAGAGCAUCGUCGGCCGUCUGAAAGCGCUGAGGACAGAGAUCGAGCACCUGCAGCUGCUGCUGGAGAGGGCAAAGGUCAAGCUGCAGAAGGACUUCCAUAAGUGGUGGAGCCUGGAGGCCUGCAGUGUGCAGGUGACUGACUCAGAGGCCCCAGACAGAAGCCCCUCUGCGUCACUGAGUGGAACCUUGCUGCCGUCUUCGCCUCGCACUCCAGGAUUAUGUGCAGCUGCUGUGAGCAGAAGAGUGAGGGAUGCUCCUGCAGACCCAGACCAAAGUCCAGACUCUUCUACUGCUUCUGUUCAAGAUCUCAGAGACUUCAUCAGUGAACGCGUUCCCCCGCUGACAGCAUGGCAUGAAAAGUCAGUGGAUUGGACGACGGCUGACUUCACUCCUUCAUCUGAGUGGAGAGCCCUCUCCACCACCAAGCUCUCGUCCUCGUCCAUUCCCCUGACUGGAGACCAACAGGCGGAUUCUGACAUCAUGGCCUUCAUCAGGGCCAGACAAAACCUCCUCAAUAGGACAGGCCAACCACAGUAAGAACACAAAUUGCUGAGAAAGUUGUCGGCACUUGACGCUUGAACACCCUCCACAUCUGUCAGGUGCUGAAACUGAAUAAUUGAUGUCAUUGAGUAUAGAGGGACCAACAGCGACGAUGUGUGAAGGAAUUACCUCAACUAGAUUUCCCAUAAAAGACUCAGCAGCAGCACAUCCUGUCUGAUUCGUCCAUGCACAAACACACAUCUGUAUCAACGUGCAGCUGCAUCGUUUAAGCUAAACAAACAUUAUCUCAAGGUAUCAAAGAAAAAAGGACACCAGAUGGAUUCUGUGUUAAAGUAGAGAGGUGAUGAAUCAUUCAUCCUCCACAUGCAGAAUGCGUUUAACAUUACUGUCUGUUUUAAUUUGA